AGUAUAUAAAGCACACCGCUCCGUCACUCUCCCAGAGUCUUAACAACAGUGAUCGGAGAACCAGAAAUGGACGACGAAUUGCUGGAAUUGCAGAAGCAAUUCGAGUCGGCGCAGCAAGCCAAAUCGAGCAUCAGAUUGUCCGAUCGAAACGUCGUCGAAUUGGUCCAGAAGCUUCACGAGCUCCACAUCAUCGACUUCGAGCUUCUCCACACCGUCUCCGGCAAAGAGUACAUCACUCCGGAUCAAUUGAGGCAUGAAAUACUGGAGGAGGUCAAGAGGUUGGGCCGUAUAACACUGAUCGACCUUGCAGACACUAUUGGGGUUGAUUUGUACCAUGUUGAGAAGCAUGCUCAACAUGUGGUGUCAAAUGAUCCAGGGCUUAUGUUGGUUCAAGGGGAAAUAAUAUCACAGUCGUAUUGGGAUUCUGUCGCUGAAGAAAUCAAUGAGAGGCUUCAAGAAAGUAGCCAAGUUGCCUUGGCAGAACUUGCGGCACAGUUACAUGUUAGCUCAGAGAUGGUGUCCUCUGUGUUGGAGCCGCGCAUAGGGACUUUGGUGAAAGGUAGGCUUGAAGGUGGGCAAUUGUAUACCCCUGCUUAUGUUGCUCGUGUUACUGCCAUGGUUCGUGGUGCUGCUAGGGCUAUCACAGUUCCCACAAACUUAUCAGUCUUGUGGAGUAUUUUACAACAAUUGCUGCAAGAAAUGGAGGGAGCCAGUGGUGUAGCUGUAGAAGGUUCAUUUUUCCAAUCCCUUUUUAACGGGCUUGUAAAGGAAGGCGAGAUUCUUGGAUCACUUCGCGCAGGAGUUCAUUGGACUCCGAAUGUUUUUGCCAUUGCUCAGAAGGAAUCAAUUGAUUCAUUCUUCUCACAGAACUCUUUCAUUAGCUAUGAUGUUCUGCAGAAACUUAGGAUUCCUCAGCCUGUGCAGUUCUUGCAGUCCAGAUAUCCUGAAUGCAUUCCCUUGGUGACUACGUUUAUCCACCCAUCAAUGAUUGAGAUGCUUGAUGCUGCUGUAGAAGAUGCUCUUGAGCGUGGAAGCUGGAUGGAUUCUCUUUCUAUACUGCCAAUGUCCUUUGGAUAUCAAGAUGCAUCCAAACUUUUAUCCCUUUGUCCUUCCGUUCAGCAGGGACUCAAGUCUGAUAAGGCAAUAAUCUUUGGGGAGUCCUUUGUAUUUAGCAGUUCCUUUAUCAAGGAUGUGUAUGAGCGCCUGGAUAAAGAAAUGGAAACCUUUAUAGUUUCAGGUUUUUCUGCAACUGUGGUGUCAGAUGAUUCACAGGAGACAAAACUUGGUCAUGGCACAAGCAGGUUCACUGAAUCAAAUGAAACGCCUAGUGACAGCAGUAGUAGUAAACAGACCAUGGAGAAAGGAUCAAAGAAGAAAAAGGGUCGAGCGGCUGCUAAUAUGGGAGUAGGUGCGGGCGAAGGUGAUAUGGAUAACCAGGACUCUGCUCCUGCAAAAUCUAAGAAAAACCAAAGGAAAGGCAAGAUUUCCUCCGCUGCACAAGUUGCUGAGUCAAAAGCAACUGCUAAGUCGGUAAAAUCUAAAGAGGAAAAUCUGAACAUACCUUCAGAAGAAUGGAUGAUGAACAAGAUCGCAAUAUUGGUACCUGAUUUUGAAGAACAAGGUCUUGAUGAUCCACAAACAAUUAUUAAACCUUUGGCAAACCAUGUCAGACCGAUGCUAAUAAAUUCGUGGAAGGAGAGAAGAAAGGCAUUGUUUACGGAAAACACAGAGAGAAUGAAGCACUUACUUGAUAAUUUGCAAAAGAAACUUGAUGAGUCUUUCUUAAACAUGCAGCUCUACGAAAAAGCUUUAGAUUUAUUUGAAGAUGACCAAUCAACUUCAGUUAUUUUGCACCGGCAUUUGUUAAGAACAACAGCUUCUAGUAUUGUGGAUAUGCUUCUUCAUAAUUUGGAAGUGCACAACAAAUUAAAGAAUGGAGUUGAAGUUGAGGACAGUCAGAUUUCAGAGUCUUCACUUAACCCAGGAGAAAGAACUUCCAUUGCUAAGAAUUUUCCGGGAUCUCUCUCAAAGAAGGCUCUUGUUGUUGUUGAAGCUUUGGAAGGAAAGCGGGUGGAAACAUUCAUGGCUGCUUUAAGAGACGUUGCUGAAGAAAGUGGUUUACUCCUGAAAAAGCUUGACAAGAAGUUGGAGCGAACACUUCUGCAUUCGUAUCAAAAGGAUUUGGCGUCUCAAGUAUCUGCUGAAAUGGAUCCAAUCUCUAUUUUAGCCAAAGUUGUUUCCCUGCUUUAUAUACAGAUUUACCAUAAAGCUCUCCAAGCACCUGGACGGGCAAUCGCUGUUGCUGUUUCUCGGCUGAAGGAUAAACUAGAUGAAUCAGCCUUCAAGAUCCUGACAGAAUACCAAACCGCGACAGUAACCCUCUUAGCACUAAUAUCUGCUGCAACCGGUGAUGAAGAAGACUGUUCAUCUGAUAGAAUAUUGAGCAAAAGGGAGCUUCUGGAAAAUCAGAUGCCCGAACUGAAAGGCCUGGUUUUGCGCACGGGCACCUCACAAUCUUGACUUGACAUGAGAUUUCAAGGCAGAGAGAAUAUUACCCGUGGUACAUUUCAUUUUAGAGGCAGGUAGUGCCAGUUAUUUUGUUUAGACAGAGAAUGGUCAGAAUACCAUUGAAAAUUGAAAUAUAUACUAGUGCACAAGUUCAAGUUAA